AUGCAGAGCAUGUUCUACUUCGACGGGGAGCUAAUCCCGGAACCCGAGUACGAUCCCCGACAGAUCAGCAACUGGGUGAACGUCUUCCUCGACCAACGAGACUGCAGCCCCGAUGAUGAAGCUCUCAUGAGCAUCGUCGCUACAUACAUCCGCACCGGCGCUGCCACCAUCUCUGUUCAUCCUAUGCAUCACUCCCAACCACUGUGCAUGUCGAUCAAGGUUCCCGGAGACUACCAUUCCAGCAAGGCCUCUAUCUUCGCGGCCGCAGAGCUCCAGGCAGAUUACUAUCGUCAGGAAAUUCGGGCCGGAAGAGUUCAGAUCAAUAGGGCUUUGCUUUGCCGGCCGGAGUGA